GUGACUGGUCAUUUUCCAAGAGUAACAAUGUGCGAUUUUACGGUUCGCGUUCUUGGUGCAUUGCAUCGUUGGACUGUUCAGUGUGUGCUGAUGAUCAAUAUGUUCACUGAGAAAAUUUACGUAUUCUUGUGGUAA